AUGGCCAAAUCCAAAGCUGCGAAGCGUAAGCGCAAUGGCAAUGCGCAGAUUGACCUUCCUCAAAAACUGGCCAAACCUGCCUCGGCCCUAACACCCCCUCCCGAUGGCACCCUCGAACCUAAACACAUCAAAACGGUCGUCUCGGACGAGGAACUCGAUAUCACCAUUGAGACACUCACGGCGCUUGCAGAAUACCCUAGUCUGACAAAAUCCAAGGCUUGCAAAGACCUCCGAGUUGCUGUGUAUGACUUUCGCCAGGCUUGCACAACCGGUCUUAAUACAGCUGAGGGUGCAAACCUCACAGCACGUAUCACCGGUGCCUUGGCUGACGAGAAAUACUUGGAGGCCAAAAUUCUGCUCGCCGAAAUGAGAAUUAGAGGGGAACAACCUAAAAUCGGAGCCUUGUGUCGCUGGGUACGAGACCUUGACGUUGUGAGCGGCCUCUCCACACAGCCUAAUACACACGGUAAUAGUUCUCCCAGUCGUAGCACAAGAGACAUCGAACUUCUGGGAGUCCUUGAUGCUAUACUGCGUGUCAGCACAUCAAUCGACACCACUUCAAACGCACUCAGUUCUGCCUCCCCGAUUGCCUUUCAUUCUAUUUGGGAUCUUCGACCGUCAACAGCGCCACUAGAGAUUUAUGCCUCGGUCCUCGACAAAACUAUUCUCUCCGAGGCCCCGAAGUCCCCGACUGCCCUCCGCGUCAUCGAGCAUACCCCCGGUACACUUCGCAAACCUCCGAACCACCAUCCUGCGAUACUCUACACAACAGAACCGAAUUCCGUUCCUCUGGCCCCCGUCGGUCCUACUAUAACAUACCACCCACAUCCCGCCGUUCCAGGUCUUGGCCUUGCCAUGGAUGUGCUCUCCCCCGCAGAGUGCAAAGCGAUCAUUGCAGCCGGAGAAUCUGUCGGCUUCCUUCCCGACGCACCUUUGCGCGAAGACGGCGACGUGAGCAUCUUGGCUCACAACUUCUACUGGAUUAUCGACACUACUUUCCAUAAUCUACUUUGGGAUCGAAUUUCUCCCUACGUACCACCCUCAAUCAAUGGUCGUCUGGUUCGAGGUAUUAAUCGACGCUUCCGAGUGUACAGAUAUGUCCCGGGAGCCGAGUACCGCUGCCACAUUGAUGGAGCUUGGCCACCGUCCGGUAUUCUCCCGGAUGACACAUACGUGUACGACUCUUCUCCUGAAGAUCGGAGGCAAAGCUCUAUGUAUACAUUUUUGCUAUACCUUAACGACGAGUUUGAAGGUGGAGAGACCACCUUCUUCAUGCCAGCUGCUCGUGAGGGAAUACUGAAUGCAUACCCUGUCCGGCCUGUGAUGGGGUCCGUUGCCAUAUUCCCGCACGGCGAGGCGAACGGUGCCUUAUUACAUGAAGGAACAGGAGUAAGGAAUGGCGCUAAGUAUAUUAUUAGAACAGACGUAGAGUAUGAUGUAAAGCCUUCGGAGGAGUGUCUAUAA